AAAUUCAGAGACCAAAAAAAGUUCUUUGUUCUUUUCUUCUGAGGUUUCAUAACUUCUGUCAUCAAUCUCACUUAUUUUGUGCUUUGUUCAAAUGUUUUAAUGGUUUCAGGUGCUGGUACCUCUGCUCGUCCCCGUACUUUUAAGAAGGAAGAAGCUGAAGUGAAGGAAGAAGAAGAAGAGUCUGAAGAAGAUGUGGAAGAAGAGCCUGAGAAACGAAAAGGUACCCAAGGGCUUAUUGAGAUUGAGAAUCCAAAUUUGGCCAAACAAAAGAAUGUUAAAGCUAAAGAUGUUGAUAUGGGGAGAACAACUGAACUAUCAAGGCGUGAAAGAGAGGAAAUAGAAAAGCAAAAAAAGCAAGGAACAAGGGAACAAGGGAAAACUGAAAAAGCAAGAAAAGAUUUAGAGCGCUUAGCCUUGAUACAACAACAAAGGGCAGAGGCUGCUAAGAAGAGAGAGGAAGAGAAGGCCGCGAGAGAACAGAAGAAAACUGAAGCACGCAAAUAAUGGUUAAUAAGUUGAUCUAAAUCUUCUAUAUUUCGAGUUUUACAUUUGUAUACUUAAGCUCUUACCCCAUAAGAAAAGUUGAUAAAAUAC